AUUGAUUCAAAGGUUGUGACAGAAGAAGAAAGAAAGAAGAGUGGUGGAAAAUUGCACACCAGGCCAACAGCAGCCUAGCAAUCCCAUCCCAUUUACUGCUUUUGAUUGAUGAUCUGUUUCUUUGGUUGGUUGUUGUAUCUAAUAUAAUUGCAGCACUGCAGCCAAGCAAGGAACCAUCGGAUUGGUUGACAAAUAUUUAAUACACCAACCACAGCAAAUUUCCAUGGAUUUUGGAACAGCCAAAGACUGAAUCUUUAUUUAUUUUUCUUUUGUAGCCCCAUUCCUCCAACUCCAACCCCAUCUCCCCUUGCUAUGAAUGACCUUAUUGCCUGGUUUUUUUGUACAUUAAUAUCAUAGUUAUGGGAAGGUGGCUUUUCUUUCUUUUUCCUUCUUCUUGUUGCUUGUAUAGUUGUUAUUGUUGUUGUAGUCAGUGACAUAAUAAUAUGACUCAUUUAAUGUGAUGUUUGGCAGCUUUCAGUUUUUGUACUUUUUUUUUUUUUUUUUUCAUCCUGUGUUACUAGAGUAGUACUAUUACUUACUGGACUGGACCACUGGCGCCUUUCUUUUCAUUUUUUUUUUUUCCAACUGAUCAAUCCAUCACUAACUCCACUACUGCUCUUUUUCCAUCUUUAGCUUUCUUGCUUCCACUUGGGAGGCAGAGCCAAAUCCCUUUUUACUUUGCUUCUUGAUUUCAUCCCGCUCGUGGGUUUCGUGUUUUGUUUAUUCUUGCAAACUCCUUCUACCAACCAAAUUUUUACUCUUUUUGGUGGCCUGUUUUAAAGUGUUUGAAGUUGGUACUACCAAAUUAGUUAAUUUACCAGUCCUUUUGGUUAGAUAAUUGUUAUAACAGAAGAAAGUUUGACACUUUUUUUGGUUUAUUUUAACUUGUUGCUGCCGAGGUCCUUGCUUUUUCCAUGUAGACUCUGUAGGAUUGAAGAAUUCUGUGGUGAAUGAUGCAGAAGUUCUGAUUUGAGAUGUGUUUUUCCCAUGUGAUCAAAUUGGAAGGUAGAAUUCUUCUUAUCAUACUGGUAAAAGAACAGAGAGAUUGAUGGAGUCCUGGAGCUAUGUUUCUGGGUUCAAAAACUUUGCCUCUCAUGAUUCUGUUUCUGAGACUGAUGGAUUUGCUAGAAUUAGAAAUGGAAUGGCUGUCUGGGGGGAAUUGAAGCCCUCCUCAAGUAAGAACUUUGGGAAUGAUUACUAUCAGGAUUCGAGCAUUAGGAAAAAUCAAGUAGUAUUGGAUGAUGAGGAGGAGUUGGAUUCCUCUGGUAUGAUGAUGAUGAAGAAUUGUGUGGCCAAUAAUACUAGCUCAAUUAGAGAUGUUUUCCUCAGUGGCAAAUUUGGCUAUGGAGAUAAAGGAAUUCUGAACAGUUCAUUUCAAGAUACUCUAAGUUCAGAAUCCAGUUGUUCUAAGCUGUCAAGUUCCAUUGUGGAAUCAAAUUCUAGUAGGGAUUUACCAUUGAUAGACCUGAAAUUGGGAAGGUUUCCCCCUCCUGAUCCCCAAAAUAAGGCAGCAAACCUUAAAAAAAAUUUUCAAGUUGAGUCAUCAUCUAUUGUGCCUAUGCCUACAAAGAAAGCAAGAGGUGGUGGAAGUUUGAGUAGUUCUCAGAUACCAUUUUGUCAAGUUCAUGGUUGCAAGAAGGAUCUCAGCUCCUCUAAGGAUUAUCAUAAGAGGCACAAAGUUUGUGAGAUUCAUUCAAAAUCAAUCAAAGUGAUUGUGAAUGGAAUUGAACAAAGGUUCUGCCAGCAAUGUAGCAGGUUUCACUUAUUGGCUGAGUUUGAUGAUGGUAAACGCAGCUGCCGCAAACGCCUUGCUGGGCACAAUGAGCGACGAAGAAAACCUCAUAUCAGUGUACAUACUAGCAGAGCAGCGAGGGUGUUUAACUCUUACAAUGGUAAUACCAGGUUGGAAAGGGCUUCUUCUUCUGUGAUGUCAUCUUUUGUCUGUCAGGAUAUACUUCCUGGUAUGAGUAGUGACACACAGAGAUAUGGUAUGAGUAAUGACUGGUGCAAGACCUUGAAAGUUGAGGAUGGAUCUUCUAAUGAUUACGCUGCAAUAAUUCCAAGCUCAAAAGGAGAGCAGCAACAGAAUCAUAUACUGAGACCUAAUAAUACGGUGGUUACUUCAUUUCGUUCUUGUGAGAAGCCAUGUUCUUCUGCUGCUUCUCUUUGUGACUUCGAUGAUGGACUAAUCAAUGCAUUUCCAAGGACCAAAAUGAACCAAAAGUAUCAUAAUUAUAAUCCAUUCACGCACAGCAUUUCUGCCUCAGAUUUGGACUCGGAUCAAUAUUCCAUGUUCCAUAAUACCUGCAAUACAAAAGGGAGCGAUGAUGCCUACACUGGUUUAGACUCGGCAUCAUCAGAUGUUAAGGGCUUAACAGCGACAACUUCAGGCUACACUUGUGCUCUCUCUCUUCUGUCAUCACAAUCACAAAAUGUUCCUAUGGGUGUUCCCUUGAUUUCCACUCCAAGCAGCAACUCUCAUUACAGCAUAACACAAGUGUCUGAAAAGCUCUUGAGGAUUAGUCCUCAAACUUCAACAACACAAAUGGAACCGGUUCUCAUAUCAGACAGUAGUGAUUGCAUAAAUUCAGGUUCAGAAUUCAUGAAUAAUGCCAAGAAUCAUCAACUCUCAUGUGAAGAUGGUUCUACAAUAGAUUUGCUCCAGCUAUCAUCUCAGCUUCAGCGAGUGGAACACCAAAAGCGAUCAAUACACACGAAGGAGGAUAAUGGUGCCUUUUUCGGGUUCAGAAGCACACAAAACUAAGCAAGGUGUGUCUGACACAAAACCAUCAAGGGUUAGUGCGUUUACAUAUGCAGUUGGACCAAUGAGCUCCAAAAUGAAUCUGUUCAUGUAUCUUAAACUCUUUUAGCCCAAGUAUUAUUUGUUAUCUGGCUACUGUUUUAUUAGGCUGUCAGUUCAAUAGUUUUUCAGGUUUUUAAGUUGAAAAGAUGUUGAAUUUCCCUUAGAAUGCGUGCAAGUGAUAAGAAUGCAAAAUUGAAACCUAUGCCUGAGCAUAACACACGUGAAAAACCUGUAACUCCAACACCACAAUGAGAUGGCUAAAAACUAAUUGAUUGCUUAUGAAAUCUAACGCUCUUAGUAAAACAUCAGUGUUGUUAUGACUACUGCCACUUGUGAGAACGAAUGUUCUUUUUGUUAUUUAUUUAGGUUGGUGUUUGAUUUGCAGGUUCAUGUUUGCGGCUGUGCGCUAAGCAAUGAGCUUACUUUGCAGCUCUGUUCAAGUAAAGGACAGAUAGCAAAAAGAUGCUACAAGUAUAGAAGAGAAGCAAGAUGAACUACCUUUUAUCAUAUCCAAUUUCUUAAAUCAAUUUAGGCACAACCAAAUGUCUUGUUCGCUGCCUUUGUUCUUGUUGUCAUUUAGAGUUCAGACUGUCACCAUUGCCCUUCAGAUUCAAUACCUUCUGAUGUAUGGCUUUGAUUAGGGAAUAUAUUACUCAUAAUCUCGUGGAUUCUUUAUUAGUCUGUUUAAUGAUCAUACAACUUCGCAAAUGAUGUUAGGCUGGAAUUGGAUGGCCCUUGUUUGUGAUACACUUGUUUCUUGCACUGUCUUUUUCUGACAAAGAAACAAGAAUUUCUAGCUCUUUUCUCCUUUCUUAUCAAACUUUAAUCCAUUAUUUCUCUUCGACAUUGGAGUUGUCGCUAAAGCUAAACCACAUCUGCUUCAUUGUGUUUUGUAUUUGUAGUUCUCUGUUGUUUCCGAUAGGCCUACAAUCGACGAGAAGUGCCAAUUUUACUUUUUACAGCUAGCUUCCUAACUGAAUCCAAAGGGAUGCAUACAGCUUUGGUCCUAUGAAGGCAACUUUUUCUUGUGAAAUCCUUCAGUUGAAGUUUCCAUCGCGUUUCGGCAUUCCAUAAAAGCCAA